UAUUGAAAGUCUAAAAUCUGAACUCUACAAACUUGACCCUGAAUUCCUAAAUACUAUGUCGCUACAAAUCGUGUCUGGUGAAAUAAAAAUAUACAGUCAUGUGAAACAAGGAGAAAAGAUUUACUUAGAUAAAAAUGGUAAAAAUCCAGAACCGUCCUAUGCAACAGCUGGAGCUCUUCUGAGAGACAAUCUUGGUCAAGAUGAGUUGUAUGGAUUGACGUGCCAUCAUGCAUUACCUAGGGAGAAAGGAUUUGUGUACGUUCCGUCUGGAGAAUCUAAGCAACUUGCCCAAGUCGGAGAAUGCAUUUAUUCAGAUCCAGAACCUUUCCACGAUUUUGCCGUUUUUCAAAUAGAUAAAGACAAACGUAGAAACUGUGACACGACCUUUUUGAACAGAAUGGAAAAACCAUGCAAUGUAAAUAUUUACGAAGGACCCCUACCGGCAAAUGCAGUCGUACAUAAAAAGGGAGCAACGACUAAUCUUUCUGAUGGUCGAAUCGUCAGCCCAGAGUUUUAUUAUAAAUUGUUUGAAAAUAGAAGUGAAAUGUUCCUUGUCUCGAGUUUUAACUCCGAUGAGGACCCUUUUUCUUCAGAAGGAGACAGUGGAUCAGUUGUUUUCCAACACGACAGAUCCCUUGACCAGAGGUCUGUUCAUGCUUUGGGUUUAGUUACUGGAGGGAUAGAUGAAGUCCGAGACGAAAGUCUCACAGACCUCCGGAAGUCCACAGUUUGCUUACGACUUAAUAAAGCUCUUUCUCGCCUUUCUGAAAAGAAGCAGUUGGACUUGGAAUUUGAAAACUCUUGUCGCAUAUCUUCAAGUUCAGAUGAAAGUGUAUAAAAUGAAAAUUGCUAUCUUUUCAUGUCUUGUUCAUCUAGGUGAUAAUUUUAUAAUGUUGUGUCUUAGAUUAACUCUUCUGGCAUA